CAAAUCAACCUCCGCGUGAUGGCGGUAUGAGGCAGUCCCUGCAAGCCAGAGCGUGGGAGUUCCUGUCUUCGCCAUGUCGGGGUGGUGCUGCAACUCGCUGAGGAUACCCUGAACCGAGCAGAAGUCUCCCAGCCCCCUUCUGCUGCUACUGCUCCAUCUAUCCAUCCAUCCAUCCAUCCAUCCAUCCAGCUAUCUGUCUACCCAUCCGCCCCCACACGGCACCAGGCAGAGUCCAGCAUCCCCAGCAUCACUCUUUCCCCGGAUCAGCUGCGACACAUCUUUCCUUCUGACCGACUGUGGACUGAGGAGAGACGCACCAAGUGAUGCGGCUUCUGCAGCCCGCGCAUCCCGCAGCAACGAAGACCGCACGCUCACCCGUUAGGAGUAGGCGCACUUUCCCCGUUAUCUACAACAACCCAUGAGAAUGUCCAGCACAGACAUCAUGGGUUUAAACCCUACCGACCGCGUAAUCAAAUCGGUGCCGUUCCCGCUGAGCCACAGGUUGAACAUGCGAGAGGUGUUCGACAGCGAGGGGAAACCGCGUGUGGACCUGCUGAAGGCUCACCUCACUAAAGAGGGUCGCGUGGAGGAGCCCGUCGCCCUGCGCAUCAUCAACGAGGGGGGAGCCAUCUUGCGCCAGGAGAAGACCAUGCUGGACAUUGAGGCCCCCGUCACAGUGUGUGGUGAUAUCCACGGACAGUUCUUCGACCUGAUGAAGUUAUUUGAGGUUGGCGGGUCUCCUGCAACAACGAGGUACCUGUUUCUAGGGGACUAUGUGGACCGAGGGUACUUCAGUAUUGAGUGUGUCCUUUACCUCUGGUCGCUGAAAAUCCUCUACCCAAAGACGCUGUUUCUUCUGCGGGGAAACCAUGAAUGUAGACAUUUGACUGAAUAUUUCACUUUCAAACAAGAAUGUAAAAUCAAAUACUCAGAGCAGGUGUACGAUGCGUGCAUGGAUGCGUUCGACUGUCUGCCUCUGGCUGCACUGAUGAAUCAGCAGUUUUUGUGUGUUCAUGGCGGCCUGUCUCCAGAAAUCCACACGUUAGACGACAUCAAGAGGUUGGACAGGUUCAAGGAGCCCCCAGCGUUCGGCCCCAUGUGUGAUCUGCUGUGGGCCGACCCACUGGAGGACUUCGGCAAUGAAAAAAGCCAAGAUUACUUCAGCCACAACUCUGUCCGUGGAUGCUCCUACUUUUACAGCUAUCCUGCAGUGUGUGAGUUUUUACAGACCAACAACUUACUGUCGGUCAUCAGGGCACAUGAGGCGCAGGACGCAGGUUACCGUAUGUACAGGAAGAGUCAGACUACAGGUUUCCCCUCUCUCAUCACCAUCUUUUCUGCUCCAAACUAUCUGGACGUUUACAACAACAAAGCGGCCGUGCUUAAAUACGAGAACAACGUAAUGAACAUACGGCAGUUCAACUGCUCGCCACAUCCGUACUGGCUGCCCAACUUCAUGGACGUCUUCACCUGGUCGCUUCCGUUUGUUGGAGAGAAAGUGACCGAGAUGUUGGUGAAUGUCCUCAGCAUCUGCUCUGAUGACGAGCUUAUGGACGGAGAUGAGAUCUUUGAUGCUAAUGCUGCAGCUGCCCGUAAAGAGGUCAUCAGAAACAAGAUCCGUGCCAUCGGCAAAAUGGCCAAAAUGUUCUCAGUUCUGCGGGAGGAGAGUGAGAACGUGUUAACCCUGAAAGGUCUGACCCCUACUGGCAUGCUGCCGAGCGGUGUACUGUCUGGAGGAAAACAGACCUUGCAAAGCGCUACCAUCGAGGCCAUUGAAGCAGUCGAGACGGUUGAGGAUGGAGAAGCCAUUCGUGGCUUUUCUCCUCAGCACAAGAUCAACAGUUUCGAGGAGGCGAAGGGUCUGGACCGCAUAAACGAGCGCAUGCCCCCUCGCCGAGACGUGGUCAACAGCGUGGGACUGUCGAUGGGCAAGAUGAACAUGGCCGAAUCCAACGGCACGGACGACAACAGCAAUAUCCAGUGAUUCAUCUACUCCUCCGGUCCCUCGCUCGCCCCUGCUCCUCCUCCCAUAAUGCAAUUCUCCCCUCUCCCCUCGCUUUCACUGCUACAGUCUAUGUAGCAGAUGGACUAUGUGAUAUAUUUUACAGAACUCCCUGCUUGACGUUCAACGGCCUCAACAACAAACUCGAGACGGACGGUACGGCCGCGCGAAGGAGAUCAUGCAUGAGAGUUGCAUGAUGGGAUAUGUAGUUUUAUGGAUAUGGGGCUAUGUAAUGGAAAUGUGAACACAGAGAAGAGGGCAUUUCCUGUUCUUUUGUCCGAAGAGAUGUUUAUUUAUGCGUGUUUGCACUUCUGCGUGCGUGUCUGUGUGUGUGGGAGACAUGUGAUAUAUAAUUAUAUGAUGAUAAGUAGGUUUUCAUAAACGCUUACCGUUUGUUUUUUUUCUCCCUGGCCUGCCUUGGAACGUUAAACACAAUGCCAACGCUCUAUUUAUUCGAAAGCGGAGGAGUGUACGUUUGCGUUCGAACGUGCGCAAGGACCUUAUAACCAUUUCCUUUUCACACUUCUCUCGCAGUUCUAGGUUUUGCUACUCUAGUAAUCUCUAUAUCUAAAGAAUAACUAAUAUUACACAAAAUAACUUCACACAGGUUAUCAAGAUUAAUCCGCAAAUAAGAGAGGUUUGGAGUCGCCGUAACGCCCCUCAUGCUGUUCAGCUGUGUGCUCGUUGCUGCGUUGUGUAAAUCCGCCGUUGUCACGUCGUGCUGUGGUUGCUAUGGCAGUUUCCCCCGUGUCCCUCGGACUGAGUCUGGCACUUCCCGCCUCUUCUCGUGCGGGAAGCAAGCAUUCUGUCAGCUGCAUCACAGACUAUAGGCUGCCUGUGUAUAUGUGUGUGUGAGAAACAGGGAGGUGAUUUGACCUGAGGGAUUAUGUCGGGCCAUUAUGGGUGGUUUCAAACAGGUCCUUGUCCUGUAUAGGUGCACUGAACGGAUUUCCAGCUUCGCUGGGAGUUUAUUUUGUAUAUAAAUGGCGUAUAUUUUUAAGGAACGUUUUGUUAUUGCUUAUUUUCAUGUUACUUUAUUUUGUAUUCAAGCUAUUUAUUUAUUUAUUUAUUGUUUGUUCGUUUUUUUUUUUUUUUUUUUUUUUUUCGUUUACAUUGCUGUACAGUUAAUUAAGCUCCACUGAGGUGUUAAAUCGUUUGCGUUACUUUAUGGAUGUACAGAAGUUAUCCAGUAGUGUGAAGGAACAUAAUUCUGUGAAAAGACAUCCAGGCUGCCAAAGCAUGACUGCAUGGUUAUUUCAAAUGUAAAUCGAAUAUAGGCACACCUUAACGUGUCUCACAUUUUUAAGGAGAAGUAUAUUCUGAUCAUUAUUCUAAUCUUAACAAUAUUCUGGUUAUUUAUGAUUAUUAAUUAUUAUUAAGAGUUCUGCUGGUUUAUUCCACUUUGCCUCAUCCUUGAUUUGGUUGCUCAUUGUGCUUUAUGUUAUGAAUAAUGAAAAUGUUCAUGAGUUAUUUGUGAUUCUAUAUCUUGUAUUUUUCUCUGGAGCUUCAUUCUGAGCAUCAUGAUUUCCUGACCUACAGUACGGACAGUGUGAGCAUGCCCUAUGGGACAAAUCUCUUUUUUACUCUUGAAUAAAAUAUGCAUGAACCUUU